UUACGUUUAUUUUUGUUUCCCCAGAAGAUGGCAGUAAUGUGCCAUGAUGAUCUUCGAACCAGCCAACCGUGGUAGAAGAGUAGGAACCUUUGUUUCCUGGGAGGAAUCUUUUAUUGAGGCGGACCAAGAUGGCCGCGCUCUGGAGACGAUCCGCGUACUUCAGUUUCAUCAGGAGUUCAGUUCGCUUCCUGUUCAGAAAACCCUCAGUCCGCAGUUCGCACAGAUGGAGUCGUCUCUACUCAGGUGUUGCCUCGUUAGCUGUCUCAGGUGGUCUGUGCGCUGUGCCUUUUAAACAGGUGGACGAUCUGUCUCACGAGUCUCUGGUGAGAAGAGCAGCUUCUCUGGUGACAAACAGCUCUAACACCUUCCUCUCUCAGACCACCUUGGCUCUCAUCGAUGCCCUCACAGAGUACUCAAAGGCCGUGCACACACUCAUUUCCCUACAUGAACAAUAUUUGGCCUCUCUGGGAAAACUGACUCCAGCGCAGGAGGAUUCAGUCUGGCAGGUGAUCAUCAGCCAGCGAGGGGAGGUGAACGACAGACACGAUGCACUCCGGCGCUUCGAGUCGACCUGGGUCACUGCGGUAAAGCUGUGUGAGAUGGCAGCGGAGGCAGCGUACGUUUCAGGAGCCGAGCAAGCGUCCGUCAUGGUGAGGACGAACAUUCAGGUGGCCCAGUCGCAAGUGGAGGCGGCCCAGAAACUCUCACUGGAUGCUGACAAGAAGCUGGCGGCGACUAAAGUCAUGGAGGUUGAAAGGAUGACACAACAUGCUGCGUCUCUACAGAGUAGUGAUGAUGGCGAGGAGACACCUGAGGCCUACCUGAGAGAAGACUGAACCCCACAAGUAUCAGAAAACAUAUGGAUAUAAGUGAUUCUCUGUAAAAGUUCUAUUUAAACAGUUUCCACAAAAGCCUCAGUUUGAAGAAAUGGCUUACACCCUACAGGACUGAUGUGCUAACAGCUAGUUAAAAUCUGCCAACAAUUAUAAAGUCAUUUAGUCGUAAAGAUUUAUAAAGUACCAAAUGAGCAGCUGGGAAGUUCUGAAACUCGGCUGGUUCAGACUAGCUGUUAGCUGAUUGUUAGCUAUUUCUCCCAACAGAGGCUGUUCAGGAAGCUGUUUAUAGAGUAUAGCUUAAUUAUAAGUUUUACUGAGAAACGCACACGGAAAUGGAUAAUAAAAUCUAGUUAAAUAGUUCUUUUUGUCCUGCAUUUGAACACAAGCGACCAUGCGGGAGUCGAAGCAGCUUUAAGAUCUAAAAACUUUUUAUUUAAUGUUUUUUUAACAGCUGCUUAGGUAACCAAAUGUUUUGAUGUUUAAUCUUUUUCUGUGAAUUCAGCUUCCUCAGAAUUCACUGUAAUAAAGAGAAAAUAAAAUAAAAACAAAGAAAACUCA